AUGAAAUUACAACUCCCGCGCAGUGAAAACUGCGACGAGAGUUGCGAGAAGCAUGCAGCUAACUGCAUGACGGCAGCAACACGAUCGAUGAACGAAGGUGAUGAAGAGGAGCGGAGUGUAGACAUGUGUGCACGGUGCGUAGACGAGCCGAGAAGUGACCUGUGGCGUCGAUAUCAAUACCUUAUAUACAAAUCGCGUGUGCUGCACCUAGCAGAAAGGACUUUCAAAGACAUACUCAUAAUGAAAUUACAACUCCCGCGCAGUGAAAACUGCGACGAGAGUUGCGAGAAGCAUGCAGCUAACUGCAUGACGGCAGCAACACGAUCGAUGAGCGAAGGUGAUGAAGAGGAGCGGAGUGUAGACAUGUGUGCACGGUGCGUAGACGAGCCGAGAAGUGACCUGUGGCGUCGAUAUCAAUACCUUAUAUACAAAUCGCGUGUGCUGCACCUAGCAGAAAGGACUUUCAAAGACAUACUCAUAAUGAAAUUACAACUCCCGCGCAGUGAAAACUGCGACGAGAGUUGCGAGAUGCAUGCAGCUAACUGCAUGACGGCAGCAACACGAUCGAUGAGCGAAGGUGAUGAAGAGGAGCGGAGUGUAGACAUGUGUGCACGGUGCGUAGACGAGCCGAGAAGUGACCUGUGGCGUCGAUAUCAAUACCUUAUACACAAAUCGCGUGUGCUGCACCUAGCAGAAAGGACUUUCAAAGACGUACUCAUAAUGAAAUUACAACUCCCGCGCAGUGAAAACUGCGACGAGAGUUACGAGAUGCAAGCAGCUAACUGCAUGACGGCAGCAACACGAUCGAUGAGCGAUGGUGAUGAAGCGGAGCGGAGUGUAGACAUGUGUGCACGGUGCGUAGGCGAGCCGAAGAGUGACCUGUGGCGUCGAUAUAAAUACCUUAUAUACAAAUCGCGUGUGCUGCACCUAGCAGAAAGGGUGAGGGUAUGA